AUGUCUCAAUUUGUUAAAUCGCCACAAAAAAUAUUUGAUAAAGAAAUUACAUUAAAAAUAGAAUUAGGAUUUAGAAUAAUUGUUAAAAAUUUUAUGGAUUAUUUCUGUGAAUCAAAUAAAAAUGUAAGAUUCAACGAUUCAAGUGUUUAUCUUUUUAUAACUUAUUUUUCUGACAGUGGAACUUAUAUGAUUGGUAUUAUGCAUCAAAUGUUUGCAAACUAUAAUCAAAGGCGUGCUUUAAAUAAUUAA